AUGCCACCACAACCCCAGAAUCUUGAUGACAUUGACAUACCUGAUUCACUUUGUUUAACAUUAAAUAAAGAGAAUUUUUUAGUAAGAGAUUCUAUAAUUGGAGAGGAUAGAAUUAUCUUGUUUACUGCAAAAGCCAAUAUACAACACUUAUCUAGAGUGUUAUAUUGGAUAAUGGAUGUUACCUUUAAGACCGUUCUAACUAUUUUUCACCAAUUAUAUACAAUUCAUGCUUCUAUUGGUACUACAGAUAACUUAAGAGUUCUUUCAUUAAGUAAUAUUUUAUUAAGAUCUACAACGAUUUUUACAGAUUUUGAACUUGCUGCAAUUAAUGCAUCUCAUGACGAGUUUCCUGAGUAUGGGCUAUCAACUCAGUAUAGUACUGAUGAGAAAUUGAGUAUCAACCUAUGUCAGCUAUUUGCAUUAGCAUUCUUACCGUCAAAAGAAAUUCCUGCAGCAUUUGAUAUUUUAAAAGAAAAAAUGCUUCCAAAAACAAAUGAAAUAGUGCAAUGUUAUGCACCACCUCUUUUUCCACCACAAAUGUGGUCUGUGCAUGACUUCAUGGAAAUAGGUGUUUAUACCAUUGUUACUGAAUUCCAAAAGGAGCAACAACAAGUUGAGCAUCAAAUUGAAACUAUUCUCUGUGGCGCACCCGAAAAACAAAUACAAGAAAGUUCAAAACACCAAACUCAGCAAAGAACAAACACAAGAAAGGAUAGAAUGUCCAAAACACCAAACCUAGCGAAGAACAAACACAAGAAAGGAGAGAAUGUCCAAAGCACCAAACCUAGUGAAAAACAAACACAAGAAAGUUCAAAGCACCAAACCCGGCAAAGAACAAGUAUAAAAAAGUCCAAAGCACCAAACCUGACGAAGAACAAAUACAAGAAAGUCCAAAGCACCAAACCCGGCAAAGAACAAACAAAUACAAGUAGGGAGAGAAAGUUCAAAUCACCAUUCCCGUGA